GAGAGGUAGAUAAAAAAAAUUCAGCUGAUCUUUCGGACAACGAAUUUCUUACAAAUUAAUUUGUUAAUUAACCCCUACUCAUUGCAGAAGUUGGAGCGGGUGAACAGAUAGAUUAAAACACACUUCUUCCAUGUCGUGACCAUGUCGACCGUCGAACUAAAGAACUUGAGCAUGGACUCCAAACUGAUCUCGCUAACAGCCAAAGCGUUUUCCAAUGCCAUUCUCUCGUGUCUCCACACAUUAUAUCGCAGUGUUAUACUCUGUGACGUCACUUUGGUGGCUCAGAACAGUGUGGUCUUUCCUGCUCAUAAAGUAGUCCUGGCCAGUGCCUCGGGAUAUUUUCGGUCACUGCUUGACCAAGGAUGCUUGCUGGAUGAGGACAGGCAUCUGUUGACUGGCAUGCCAGCCAGUCAGUUAAAGAUCCUCUUGGACUUUAUGUACACAGGAACACUGCAGCUGACUGAGUCUAAUCUGGGACUGAUUCAGAAAGCAGCAGAACAGCUGAAAAUACAGGAGGCUGUCAGACUGUGUAAAGAGUAUACGGAGAAUCAGGAAUGCAAGGAAGUAAAACAGGAGUUGGAUGAAGAGACAUGGCUGGUGAGGUUCCAGAGGUGCUCAGAAGAUGAAGAGUCCAACACUGGGACAGUGACACAGAUGACCUUUCACGAUGACCUCCACAGUGACCUUGACCUUCACAGUGGCCCCCGUAAGGAUCACCACAGUAGUGGUCACAGUACUGGUCAGCAGCCUAGUCAUCAGAGUGCUGGACGUCCAGAUGUUAAGAAGAAAUGCUGCAAGAACACUGACAACCUGGAAAGUGCUGCUGAUGUUAGCACUGAUGAUGGUGAUAUUACCAACACAGACCCAGAAGUGAAUGGACUUCUUAAAUGUGAUAUAUGUGGAAAAUCGUACCAGACGAGAGACGGACUACGAAGACACAAAAGAGUCCACUCGAAUGAGUAUCCUUACAGAUGCGAAGAGUGCCAAAAGGGAUUCCAUUACGAGAAUGCGCUGAUGGACCACAUGCGCACGAAACACCAGGAAAGCGCGAUGAAGUGUGCCCUGUGCUCGUGUUGCGUGCAGACUGUGGCAGGGUGGAAACUUCACGCCUCCCUGCAUGAGCGCAACGAGUCAUUCCCGUGCGACAAAUGCUGCAAGACGUUCCCCAAUAAAAUCUAUUUGAAUCGGCACAAAAAGACUCAUACUAGGGAGUUUGUAUGUGCAGUAUGCUCAAAGACCUUCACCUCCAAGCAGCAUUUGAAAACCCACGCCAUAAUUCACCAGUCGGAUUUUUCACUGUCAUGUGACAUUUGCUCAUUUGUUACGAAGCACAAGGGGUCUCUCAUUCGCCACAAGAAUGCUGCUCAUAGUUCCGGGGCUUCCAGACACACUUGUAAGUGUGGCAUUUCGUUUAAAAGGAAAUAUCGCCUGACGGCUCACAUGGAAAUUUGCAAUGCGGCCCAGGAAUUAGGGACAGAUCCUAAUGUAAAAACGUAAUAUUUUACGAUGAGAUUGUCUGCAUUCAAUUAUGAUUUUACAAUCAAAUUAUAUGUUGACUGUGAUACUGUACUUAAAAUAUGACUGAAAAAUACAAGACUGAUAUUAAUUAAAUUUGUUUAAUACUUAAUUAACCAAGACGACAUAAGAAUGAAAAUCAUGCGAAGUAUUAUUUCGGUUGUUUCACAUUUUUGUCUUGAAAUGAGAUGUCAUUCGUUAUAAUUUAAGAAUAAUUUCUUUUGAUUAACAAAACUUUCAUAACAUAAAAUAUCAGUGUAUUUGCAUGGUUUUAAUCUUCAUUAAAAUGGAAUAUAUGGUUCCAAGUGGUUAUAAGUGAUUCUUCAAGCAUGGAAGUAAUUUCACUCAAUCAUUCACAAUUAAC